AUGUCGUUCAGAAAACCACAAGCAAGUGGUCCAGAAAGGUCUCAAGAAGAGGAGCAAGCAAAGAUAAAUGAUGUUCGGAAGAUGAUUGGUCCCAUUGCGGAUAAAGUUCUUUGUCAGUGUGACGAUGCAUCGAUAAGAAGGUUUCUUAAAGCAAGAAAUUGGAACACCAAAAGAGCAGCCAAGAUGUUGAAAGAGGCCAUCAAGUGGCGUAUACAGUACAAGCCGGAAAAGAUUCGAUGGGAUGAUGUUGCUCAAGAAGCUCAGACGGGAAAAAUUUACCGAGCCAAUUAUGUUGACAAGCAAGGAAGGACCGUGCUCGUCAUGAGACCUGGAUUCCAGAACACAACCUCUGUGGAAGGGCAAAUAAAAUACUUAGUAUAUUGCAUGGAGAAUGCAAUAGCGAACCUUGAUCAGGGUCAAGAGCAGAUGGUAUGGCUAAUCGACUUUCAACAGUGGACUAUGGCUUGCAUAUCCGUGAAGGUCACUCGCGAAACAGCUCGUGUGCUGCAGGACCAUUAUCCCGAGAGGCUCGGGAUCGCGAUUCUCUACAAUCCCCCCAAAGUCUUCGAGUCCUUCUGGUUGCUCGUGAAGCCGUUUUUGGAGCACAAGACAUACAAGAAAGUGAAGUUUGUGUACUCGGACCACCCGCCAAGCAUGAAGGUGAUGGAGUCCUUGUUCGACUUGGACAAAUUGGAAUCCGCUUUUGGCGGGAAAGGCACGGAGGCCUUCGACUAUGGGAAAUACGCCGCGCGCAUGAAGGAAGAGGAAAGACAGCCCGUGCCCUCGGAGCACACGAGCGAAAUACACGACUCGGAUUUCUUAGUCUCAGACGUUGGCUCCGAGGUUUCGGACACCGAGUCGGAUAAUUACGAAGCCGGGCCCGGAUUGGAGGCCCUCGAUGAGAUUCAACGCCUACAGCAGCUCGACUGCAAGGGCGAAACCGACAAUUCAGGUGCGGCGAAGAAGUGA